AUGUCGUUACCCUCGCAACAACAACCAGUUCAGAUCCACAAAGAGCGACGUCGAUCAUUCAUGGACUAUGGUGGUGCAAACUCAUUCAAUAAUUUUGCUUCAUCCUUUUCACGAGCGCAACAAUACAGCGGUUCUUCGUUAUUGGAGCAAGUUGAAGAUGAUGGUGGUGCUAAUCGCAGCGCUUCCUUUCUGAAGAAGGACUCCUUUUUGCAUUCCGGUACUUCCAGAGGAGACUUGGCGAUUUCGCCACUUAAUGAAGAAGCAAUUGUUGAUGAUGAAGAAGCACCCAGAAGACCCAGAAGAGGAGAUGGUGACCGAUUGGAAUAUUUUCUGUUCCCUCAACCUGAUGAGAGCCGAGUUGGUGAUGGUGUGGAUGGUGUGAGCGAUCUCGAUGAGUUUACACCGUUGGUCCCAACACUGUCGAAACAGAGUAGUUUCAAAUCGCACAGGUUGCCAACAGGAAACUCGACAUCGCCCCAGACCAUAUUCAACUCAAUAAACACUUUGGUCGGAAUUGGGCUAUUAUCCAUUCCUUUUGGGUUCAGACAAAGUGGCUGGAUCAUGGGUGUUGCUCUACUUUUGGGAUCCGCAUUGAGUACAAACUUGACGGCAAAGUAUCUAGGAAGGAUAUUGAAACACCAUCCUCAUUUAUUCACCUACGGUGAUGUAUCCUUUGCAUACGGUGGGAAAUUCUUUUCUAUUUUGGUGACAUUGUUUUUCGUUUUGGAUUUGAUUGGUGCUGCAUUGACAUUGAUUUUACUCUUUACUGAUUGUUUUGCAAUCAUUUGGCCCCAUACUGUUGAGUUGAAAGUUUUGAUUGUAACCAUUGUAUUCUUCACCAGCUUGUUACCGUUGAACAUACUUUCAUUCUUCAGUUUAUUGGGAAUCUUGGCAACGAUGGGUAUAAUUAUAGUCGUCGUCAUUUGUGGGUUCUUGAUUGAUAAAUCACCUGGCUCGCUCUUGGAGUUUGCCCCCACUGCUGCAUGGCCAACAAGUGCCAAAAACUUAUUCUUCAGUUUUGGAAUAUUCAUGAUGCCAUGGGGUGGACAUCCAGUGUUUCCUGAAUUGUAUCGUGACAUGAGACACCCACAAAAGUUUACUCAUGCAAGCAAUAUCUCAUUCCUGGUAACUUUUCUCCUUGAUUUCGCCAUUGGUGCAACUGGGUACUUGAUGUACGGUGCACAAGUCAACGAUUCAAUAAUCAAGAGUUUAAUGCAAAAUGCAAAUUACCCAAGUUGGGUCAAUAAAGCGUUAUGCUUGAUAAUGGGGAUUUUACCAAUAAGUAAGCUUCCCUUAGUCAUCCGACCAAUCAUUAGUUCAUAUGAGAAUAUUUUGCAAAUUGCGCCUCAUUUCAGUCAAAAAUCAUCAACUUCGAGAGGAGCUCUUCGAGUGAUUGUUAGAUUUAUAUUUUGUUGCGUGUUGUUGUUGAUUGCGUUAAUGUUUACUUCUUUUGGCAAGCUCAUGUCCUUUUUGGGAAGUGCCAUUUGCUAUACAGUUUGUUUAACCUUGCCGUUGUUGUUUUACCUACAAUUGAAUAAGUCUCGGAUUGGACUGGUUGAAAGAGUAUUGAUCCAAGUUGGCAUUGUUGUUUCCAUUUCCUGUGCAUUAUUGGGCACUUGUGCUUCAAUAACAACAAAGUCUACAACCUGA